AUGAGCAAGCCUGAGGAUUUGAGGAAGGACACAGAAUAUCUGCCUACAUAUGAAGACAAGGACGGUGAUUGGAUGUUAGUUGGAGAUGUUCCUUGGAAGGGAGGGAAGAGAGAUUUGAAUGUGGGUUAUGAACUUGGAUAUAUAAAGUCCUUUCUGGAUGUUCAAAGAUUCAUGCCAACGAAUUCGAGUGAUGAGAAGUUCAGGGUCCCCUCAAAUAGACAGUUAAAUCAGAAUGGGAAAUAA